CAUGACUUUUUCUUUUUUGACAUUUUUAUUCCUAAAAUACAGACAUGGGAAACAGCAAUGGGCCAGAUGUGGAGGAACUGCAGGCCUGUGAGAGUCAUCAGUGGUACAGAAAAUUUGUGUCUGAGUGUCCACCAGGACUUCUCACCUUCUACAAGUUCAAAUUCUUUGGUCUGAAGAAUCUGACGGAGUCAUCAAAUGCAUAUGUUCGUACCAUGUUUACAACAUUUGACAUGAAUGAUGAUGGCUUCAUUGGUUUCAUGGAGUAUGUAGCUGCUCUGAGCCUGGUGCUGAAGGGAAAGGUGCAUGAUAUAGACGGGAGUGGCUGCACUGACCGCGAGGAGCUGCUGCUUAUAAUUAAGUCCAUCAGAGCAAUCAAUGGAAUUCUUCAGGAGAUGUCAGCAGAGGACUUUGCCAACGUGGUGUUUGAUAAGACUGACAUCAAUGGAGACGGUGAGCUGUCCUAUGAGGAGUUCAUGGAAGGGGUUCAGAAUGAUGAAACGCUGCUGAAGAUGCUAACGGAGAGUCUAGACCUCACACAUAUUGUCCAAAAAAUUCAAGGAGAGAUGAAUGGCGACAUCUAAUCUCCAACUUUAUGGACCCUGAAAUACAUAUGUAUGUGUAACUGUGCCACGGUGUGAAAAUGUGGACUAACACUUAACUCACGAGACAUUAUGAGGACAAAUGGAUGUGGAUCAGUUUUCUAGGUGAUGAUCUAAGGACAAUACUAGGGUGUUCACCUGCAUACAUCCAUUGACCAGCACAGAGUUUUCCUCUCUUGUGAAGUUUAAUGGACUGGACUUUAAAGUUAGACAGCUUUCAAACUGGACCUAAAUCUUUCCUGCAGACGCAGGUUUUCAUAUCGACAAUCUUUCUACAAAUGCAGCAAGAAUUCCCAGUGAGAUGAAGAUGCUGCUUCAGGAUAAUGUCCUUCAUAAAACAGCUUCAGCGGGUCUGUUUUAUGAAGACAGGCUGCUCUUUUCCCGUGGGGCUGUUUCAGGAUUCAGAUGCUUCCUCUGCUGACUCCAGCUGAAACAAACACUGCUUGAUUACUAUCUAGUUUGAAUUAUGUGCCAUUAUUGCCAUUUGAUAUUUAAAUGUAAGAUGUUUAAGAAUACCCAUUGCCGGUUGAAGAUGGAGGCUCUUUCACUUCCUCAGUUGUUUCACAUAUUGUAGACCUCCCGACAUUACCCCUUUUUCUGCGCUGUUAUUAUAAAUUUAUUUUUGUAAAACCAUUACAGCAAAGGCUCUUUUUUAUACUUUGAAUGAAUUAGAUGUUUGAUGUAAAUCUACUGGAAGGUAGUGUAUAUUUCAAAAUAAAAGACAACAGUAAAUAUUGUUGUAGCUCCUUCUGCAGUUUGGUCCAUCAGGAUGUGUCCAUUCAUGAUUUUUUUUCCUAAAUGACCUUUCAAAUUGUUCUAUUUCUGAAUACAUGUGAAGAACUGACCAACAACUUUGUGACUCCUGUGUUUUUUGUCCCAUAAACUAAAGUUAGUGAGAUUAGUUUCUGGACAU